AGAAAAAGAAAGAAUUCCCAUCAACAUUCUUACCUUUUCUUAUCUUGAUAGCAUCUUUCCCCUAUUUUCCAACCUCCCUCUUCUGUGGUAUCCGAAAUUUUAAUCUCUUGAACUCUCUCUGUUCUUGCUGUUCUGUCUUCUUCUAACCUAGAUAAUACAACAUCAGUUCAUAAUAUCUUGCUCAUGUGCAUCUCAUCAUCAUUAAUAAGAAACACUCCAGCCAUCCUUUCCAAAUACACUUCUAAGUUGCGAAGAACAUUUUUUUUUUCAGGCUCUUUUGCUUAACGGUCCAACACAAAUAUGGUCCAAAUGAUUUUCUUCUCGCAUUUCUAGCAUAAUACUGGGUGGUAGAAUGUAUGCAUCAUGUCAGAAAUGCUAAUAUUUUAGAGUCAUAUAGUUUGUAAAGCUUGCCAUGGCAUCUCUAGACGCCCCCCAAACAUGGAUUCCACACGUGAACAUUAAAGACUGCUCUCAAGGAUUUUGUAGCUUAUACUGCCCGCAAUGGUGUUACAUCAUCUCCCCUCCUCCGCCUCCCUUUGAGUUCCCUGAUGACGAUUCGAGUCCAAUUUUUUCUCCUCUUGUCAUUGCCAUUAUAGGCAUACUGGCCAGUGCUUUCCUUCUAGUAUGUUACUAUACCAUCAUAUCUAAAUAUUGUGGAAACGAUGAUUCGGCAAGGAGAAGGGACCAAAAUCAUGGACAAAAUGAGGAAUUUGAGGACGAUCACAACUCAUCUCUCCACGAGCCAUGGCAUGCUGCAACAACCGGCGUAGAUGAAGCUCUUAUAAGGUCCAUCACAGUAUGCAAGUACAGAAAGGGAGAUGGUUUGAUUGAAGGGACAGAUUGCUCAGUUUGUCUCAGUGAGUUUCAAGAAGAUGAGAGCGUAAGGCUUUUGCCAAAGUGUAGCCAUGCUUUCCAUGUCCCUUGCAUUGAUACAUGGCUUCGCUCUCACUCGAAUUGCCCACUAUGUCGUGCCAACAUAGUCUUCUUUAGUGCUUCCCUGCCUCAAUUGCCUCCUCCAGUGACAGAUACGCCUCAAGGCAAUGAAUCUUUGCAAGAAAGCCAACGAGCUAAUGACAAUGUGUCUGUUACACAAGACACAGAAAGGGUUGCUAGAGAUGAACAAGCGACACAGAAUCUUGCAGGGGCUCCAAAGACUCCGUCACGAGUGUUUAGUGAUUCGGGGAACUUGGAAGAGAGAGAUAUCAUAAUUGAGAUGCGAGAUAUUGAUAGAAAUCAACGCAUAAGGAGAUCAUUUUCAAUGGAUCAUCCAUGUCAAAGCCACACCUCCAUCGCUGAAAUUAUUCGAAUGAAUCAGGAUGAAGUUGUUCCAGUAGAAGACUGCACGGCAGAUGUUGGAUCAUCGAAACAUUCAGCAGAAAUCAGCAAAUGCGUGUCUAGCAGCAGCAGAAGAGUCUUGCAUUGUGUACUCAAUCCUGUUACCAUGAAGAGAUCAUUUUCAAGUGGAAGAUUCUUUCUCACCAGGCAUGGAAGAAUGCGUGACACCACAAGUCUUGUUUAAACAGAAACUCUGUUUUUUUUUUUUUUUUCAAUUGAUGGUUAUAUUUUCCAUCAAUCAAUGUUAUGAUAAAGUACUGUAAGCGUGAGAAUUGUGUUCCAAUGUAUAAAAUUGACGAGGGACAUAUCUAUAUGUCUUGCAAAUCUUGUUUGUUCUCUA